GUCAGCAGGUGCCCCUUCGGUGCUGUGUGCAUCAAGUAGCUCAAAUUCUACCUGACUAUGUUUUGAUUUUGUAUUGGAAUGUUUACAUGUGUGUAUUUGGUGUCACGAUGAAAACAAUAGUAAAUCGUAAACAUUGGAAUGUAAAUUUUAAUUGGAUUAUUGCAUGAUCACUAAAAUUUUAGGAUAAUUAUUAUAAAUCUGUGUAAGACGUCAGUGCCUUUAACUUAGCUCGUUUGAUAUCCAAAAUGGACGUUCAACCUGUGGAUAUAGAUCCAAACUUUGAGCCACAAACUAGAGUUAGGAGUAAUACAUGGCCAUGCAGGCCACGGGAGGUUAUUGCCGAUGCUCAGUGUUCACCUGUGUCGGACGAAUCCGUAUCGGGGGAUCCACAGAAACCGGAGAAUUUAGGUCUAAAAACAAAAUCAUCUUCACGUCGCAAUGCAUGGGGAAAUCUCUCUUACGCUGACCUAAUUACUAAAGCUAUUCAAAAUUCACCAGAGCAGAGGUUGACCUUGUCUCAGAUUUAUGACUGGAUGGUGCAGAAUGUUCCAUAUUUUAAAGACAAAGGUGACAGCACCAGUUCAGCUGGCUGGAAGAAUUCCAUUCGACACAAUUUGUCCCUACACAGUCGGUUUAUGAGAAUUCAAAAUGAAGGAACUGGAAAGAGCUCAUGGUGGGUUCUCAACCCAGAUGCCAAACCUGGGAAAACACCUCGCCGACGAGCAGGUAGUAUGGAAACUAAAAGUUAUGAAAAAAGGCGGGGUCGUGUUAAAAAGAAGGUUGAAGCUGUCAGAGCAGCCAUGGAAAAUAUCAUGAAUGGUUCACCUUCUGGAGAUGACUUUUUAAGUGAUUCACCGCUUGGCUUUCAACUUAGCCCUGAAUUCAGACCUCGGGCAAGUUCUAAUGCAAGUAGUUGUGGACGAUUGUCACCAAUUCAGGCAGCUAAUGAACCCGAUCUCCAUGACAGUCAAGUGCCACCUAUGUCCCCAAUUCCUUGGGGUUCUGAAUUUGACUCUAUAGAUGACACGAUUGGUCAGUACGAUGACCAGUUAGUUGACACUUUAGUAGGAAGUAUGAAGUUGUGUGAGUCUACGAAGAUUGGAUUGGGUAGCGAUAAUAAUAUUGGUAAUGUUGAACAGAAUGACAUUGAAAUGAGCUUUGAUGGAACUGUGCCCUUGACACAGUUACUAUCCAACAGUACUGAUAGGAUUAACUUAACUAACGUGCCCUUGUCCCAGUUUAAUCAAAGUGCCAACAGAGACACAGCUCAGUAUCGUAACCUUCCAGCCCCUCCUGCAUAUCCCGGUGAUUCUAUGCGAAGAAGUCCACUACAACAGCAGCCAAGCCUGGAACAGUUAGGUUUACAAAAUGGAGGCACAUACAAUGAUUUAAGCCUCCAGAGACAAAACAGUGGUAACUUGGGGUUGAGUUACGGAGGUCAGCAAAAUUCUAUGUUUUCACAGCAAGAUUAUAAUCAGAUUCCAAGGAUGAAUUCACAAUUGAGUCAGCAGUUGAGUCAGUUAAAUGUGAAUACGCAACAACAGAUGCAGUCGCCUGCUCGUUCCCCUCAACAAUCACAUCAACAAAUCAGUCCUAAUUACGGCAACCAACGCAGCUACGGGUCUCCACAGCAGCAGUCUCCGCAGAACAAACAAAUUUCAAAUCAGCUUCAGAAUCAGGCACAGCAACAACAACAAGCAGGUGAAAGAUCUCUUCUUCAACGUUGUUUGGAAGCACCUUCAGAUUCACUUCUCAGAGCCGCCUUAACACAAAAAAACACUCAGGGUUUCAUAAAUAUGUCGGAUAAUCUGCCAAACACAUCGCUGUAUAAUAAUGCUGGAUAUGAAAAUCGUCAGAUUAUGUCAUCAGGAUUGCAGCUAAAUAAUAACGGGCUCAAUAAUAAUCUUAUAAACAUGCCUUUACAACCAAACAGGGUUGGAAUGAUGAACACAUCGGCUGGGAACAUGCAGAUUCCUCAGCAACAAAUGCCUGUACAACAAACAAUGCAGGUUCAAAAACCAAACUCGUCAAAUUCGCUUAAUGAAAUAGAAGCAGAUUUCUUUGAACCUCAAGGCUUUGAUAUGGAACAGAUGCUUCAACAUGAGCUCAGUUUAGAGGGAAAUCUUGAUUUCAAUUUUGACCCUACCUCAAAUAAUACAGAUACAAGCCAAAAUUUAGUACGAUGAUGUUAUAGAUCUAUAGUUUAGCUCCAAAGGUUGGAAAUUUAGAAAGAUUAUGAAAAAAAAAUGUUAUGGAAAUGUUUCGUGUGAUAUUGUUUUGUUUUGUUUGUUAAAGAUCGUCAUGUUGUUGUGAUAUAAAUACUUGUUACUGAUGAAAGAGUCGGUAAUUGUUGGCAGCAUUGGUCAAGCUUGAGCUGUCCAAAUACCCAAAAGACAGACAUGAAAGCAGGUCUUCGUAAAAUAAAUCAAAGUACAUGUUUAACAUAACAGAAUUGGUUCACUGAGCCUUAUACGGAUACGUUAUAUUUUAGUUGUAACUGCAUAUAAAUAUAUAUAAAAAAGUCAUGUGAUAAAUAUUUGAUAAAUGAUUGAUUUUAAAUAUUUUUCAUGGUGGUAAUUCUAUUGAAUGAAUGAAUUCAUCUGUCAUUUUUCUCAUCAGAUUUUCUAAUUUACAAUGAGAUAUUUUUAUGUUUUGAUUUUAAUAAUUGAUAAGAGAUAUAAAUUAGUCUGCAAAGUAAUCUAUAUUUAUGAAAUUUUAAAUACUAUCAUUAGUUUCCAAUAUGAAUUUCAAUGCUUCUUUUUUAAUACAUAUUGCAAGAGUCGGCUGUUGGAAAAUUUCAUUAACAGACAAAUUCUGUAGUGUGCAAUGCUUCAGAAAGUUUAUUGAACUGAUCUCUAAUCUAGGUCAUUGACAGUAUCUGCCGAAAGGGAAGCCAAAUUGGAUUAUUUUGUCAAUUUUAUAAUGCAUUGUGUCAGUCCAAGUCAAGUGUAACAAGCUUUAGCAGCUUUUUAAGCAUGCAUCAAUACUAAAAUACCUGCAUAGCCAUUUUAAGUUGGCCAAGCAAAUAUUUAGGUCAUAAACUGCCAACGACCUAAAUCAUUCAUUCUGGUAAAAUCUAUAUAAAGUCAAUUUUGCCCAGUCUCGUGUACAAGGGUUUACUGUAGAAGCUAUUGAUUAUUGUAGAAAAGUUAAAAGAAUCGUAUUUGAAGUGGGACUUAGGAAACGGCUGAAUUACUAGCUAUUAGCAUGAUUUUAAUCUUAGCGAUAUGAAUCAGAUUGAAUGAGUAAAAUUUAUAUCAUGAAAAGGGGUAAAUUGGGAUCUUCUGAGUGGUAAAACAGUAUGAGGCAAAUUGAUUGAAAACGCAUUUAAAUAAUUUUAUUUCUGAAAACAUUAAAAUAGCAUUCAUAAGAAUAAUGCAAUACUAGCGUGUUGUGUUGUAAGAUCCAACAUUUUUCGCACCUAAAUUAUCAUAGCUUUUAUUAUUUCAUAAGUUCAUAUAAGAAAUGGAGAUCAAUAAAUGAGAUUCAUUACGAUUUGUCAAAAUUUUGCUGUUUUAUUAUUAUUGUUUAAAAGUACACUUGAAAUAACUGUCUGAUGAUUUUCUUUCCUUUUAUUGAAAUAACAUUUGAAUUCAAUUUACGGUGUUAAUUAACAGUUAAUGUGAAACCAUAAGGAGACUUAAUUUGCUCUGAUGUAAAGAAGAAAACUACCACCUGUUUUAAUUCACAAGUUUUGAAGUCUUUUGACCUUUCCUUUUCCUUCUGGUUGACAAUAGUUAAUAUAAUGCAUAGUCAAAUUACUUUUAUUGUUGCAAUCGAUUUUGAUUUUCAUUUGCAGUCUUCACAACUAGAAGUUAAAUUUUUCCCAUGAAAGCAGAGGGGUAGAUCCUGAGAGGUGUUUUAAGGACACAUGAUACCAAAUUUUGUUCAUUUACGAAAACAAAUUGAAGGAAAAACCCAUGUUGUCAAUCUUUAGUUUUUUCUCUUAAUUGAAAUGAAUGUAGUUACAGGAUGAAUACCACCUGUUAUUGGAGAUUGUCUUAUGUUGAAUUAUAACUGCACUUUUAGUGUUGUAAAUAAAUUUUACUCAAAAACUAUAUUCAGUACAUUGUGAAAAAUGAUAUUGAUAGCAGACCAGAAGUACAUGUGCUCCGAUUCCUUUUGUUACAGAGAAAUCUAAUACUGAUGUUAGGCUACGUGAAGAUUGUGGCAUUUUCAAGCAGGGACUUGUACUUUAUGUUUGUAUAUUUUUUCUGAAAAUGGCAGUUUUAAAAACUUAAUGGGCAUUGUUACUUGUGUGAUUUGUACUCUUAAUUUAUUUUUGUAACAUGAGAAAGACACUUUAAAAGCAGGGCUUAGUUUCUAAUUUAAAAAAAAUUCUUUCUUAUUAACUAUUAAAAUUAAACUUUCUACUGUAUGAACUUAAUAUAAGAGUACUUGAACAUGUAUUCACUUAUAAUAAGUAAACCUGUUGAUUGGGAAGUAUUAUUACGAUAGGUUAAGAUUCUAUUUUGUUACUCGGCUCUGCUAUUUUGGUCAUUAUCUAGGAAGAUCGUACAUUUAAAGUAAUUACAUUGCACCAUUUUUCAAAGUUCAUGUCUCAAUUAAUGGAUGCCCAAAGCUAGUUAAAUUACUGUUGUGAGAUUCACAUUAGAUGUUGAAGUCUGUAAUAUAAUCGAUCGUAAGCCAACUUGAACAGCAUUAUAUUCUGUGGAAAGAUCAUUUGUCUGAUGGAAGUGAAAUAAAUUUUCAAAGACACUUAUUUAUUAGUUGGAAUUUCUGUCGCAACAGUUGGAAUUGAAAUGUGCAAAUUUUGUUAAGAAGUCGGUUAAUAUUCUUAAAGUUCUGCACUGACACGACUAAGUUAUUGAAAUAGAAUUUAUUAAGAGCGUAUUUAUCAAAUAUUUCAUUCUAGUUAAUUCUAGUUUAGCAGUAUUCUGAGAAAAGUACUUAAUUAAAUACCAGUGAAUGUAACUUACAUUUUUUUUUAAAUUGAAUUCUGAGGUGGUUUUCUUCUAUCAUGUUUAAUAUUUUUCAAUUUAAUUUUUAUGUCUUUUUUUUUUUAAACUUUUUGUUUUUUUGUUUUUUUGUACAUAACUUGCAAUGGUGCUGGAUUGUGUUCUGUGAACAUUCAGUCCAGUGGACAAUUUACUUUUGAUGGGUCAAACCAAAACUUCACUGGACAUGCAAUAAUUGUAUAAACAAAUUCCCUUAAUUUUGUCAGAUGUUCAGUCCAACAUUUUAAGGUAUCCUUUCCAAACUGUGCAAACUUUGAGCUAAAUAAAUUUAAAUCUUAAAAAGAAAGAAGUGUUUCACUAGAGUGUAAUGGGAGUAUAAAUUACAAAAUUUUAAAUUACAGAAAUUGAAAAUUGUUAUGAUUAAAUGAUAAUAUCUGAUAACAGAUAAGAUUUAUGGCAUGUAUUUAUAAAGUGAUUCAGACUACUGGUACAAGGUAGAAAGUACACAUAAUUUAAAAUUAGCAUGUUAAAGGUGAUGUCGUAUUCUAUUCUAACUGUAAUGAAAGCCUUGUAAUUGCAUACGUUCAGAAGUAUUGUUUAAAGCUUUAUAAGAGAACUUUAAGUUGUAGAUUAUUUGAGUUUAACAACUUAAACAUGUUUAAUUUUGAUACAGCAGUUUUAUGAAGGCUAAUUUAAACUUCAAGCAUCCACUAAAAAAAUCUAAAUAUCAGUCAAAAUUAAUGAAUUGUCAGGUUUCAUUGGCUACUACCCACAACCAAUCAUUCAUUGGAAAAUUACAUAGAAAAACUGCUACCAUGAAUUAAUAUUACAAAUUCAGUUCCACAAAUAUAAAAGGCCUUUUAAAUAAAUGCAUCGUCAACUAGCUAAAAGUAGCUGUUUUAUGGUAAUAAAAUUUCACAUUGUAAAGUUAUGAACAAGAAGAUAUUCAUCAAAUUUUUAAUCAGUUAAAAUGCAUCAAUCAGGGGAAUUAAUUAAAAGGAGGAAACAUAUUACUAAUCAGAUGUCAAAGAAAUGCUUUUAUUAGAUAUUUUGUCAUACAUUGAUAGCAUAUUGUCUGGAUCUUGAAAGACCAUUUCAAUCUAUAGAAUGUUGUGAAUGCAAUCAUUGAGACAUGUAUGCAGAUAUCCAUUAAGUCUGGUUAAAUAGAGUCAAUUUCAGAUUGUAGAAUUGCAGGAGAGGUCCCUCCUGUAACUUAUGCUGAACAAAUAUUUGUUUUUGGGAGAUUUGUUAAUAUGUUCUGCAAUUUUAAGUGUUUUCCAAGCUAAAAAAUCCAUAAUUGCUAAGUGAUAAAACUGCAAAUGAAAAAAAAAAGCAUAUUUAGAUUAACUUCCAAUCAUUAAAGUACACUUACUGUGAAAUUACCUUAACAAAACUAAAAUGCCCUUGGAUCAAAUUUAGAUUUAAAGUUCUUUCUUGAGGAUAGUUUCAAUGAAAUUAUAUUUGUCAGGGUAAAACAGGAUGUAAAGUUUGUAUAAAAAAGUACAUAUAUUCAUAUUAAGCCUUGGGGUUAUUGAAGACUCUGUAAGAUCAUAAAUUAUUAAUAUGGCAAGGUUCAUUCCAUCUGCAGUAUAAAUCGCAUGGAUUUGUCAUUUCCAAAUGUCCACAGCAGAACUUAGAACUUCUGAAAAAUCCCUACGCAAAUCUUAUAGAUUAGGCAUUUCGUUUAUUUUUACAUCAUAAGAAAUGAACCCUUAAUACAUUGAAAAUUAUUUUAGCCUUUGAUUUCAAAUUUUAAAAGUCAACUGUCAAUAACUGGUAUUUAGAUUUUGUAAAUAGAUGCUAUAGGUUAAGAAAAAAAAAUUGCUGAUGUAAAUUUAAAGUACUAAAACUUGAAAUUUUACAACAUAACAAGAACCCUGCAAUCCCCUUUAAGGAACAUCCAACACAAGAACUAGAAGAUAGACAAAUCAAAAAUUAAAGAAUAAGAAAAACUUAAUUCUAUUUAAUUUAGCAAAAACAGGGCAAAAAUUAAGAAGGCCCUUAAAGGUCAAGUAUCCGGAGUGAGGUGUUGGUCCAGGGUUGAAACCUCCCACCUUCUUCAGAAUCUUUUCUAACACUUACAAUUAAGCUUAAUAUGUGGGUAUAUCCCCCUCUUCAUAGUGGAAACUGCCUAGAAUCCUUUCAAAAAUUUCUAUAUUAUCAUCUGAAAGUGACUGGUUAAGAUCAUAUUCUCCAGGUUAAAAAUUUGUUUGAUAGCAAAUGACAAUUAGGAGUAAAAUAAUAACAUUCAUGUAAUAUUUGCUACUGGUCAAUAAGCAAUUAACCAUCUAUUGAUCCAACCACUGAAGAAUGUAUCUUGCCCUUAGAACAUGUAACUAUCAAUAUGAUAAGUGCAUGCGUUUGUCAUAUUUCUAAUGUUAAAUGUUAAUUGCCAAUGAUCAUUCAGAAAUUUGCUGUAUAUAUGGUUAAAAAAAUAAGAAGGGGCUGGAGGCACAUUAACUUUUCUAUUGUUCAAUUUUGUAAUCAAGGACAUGCUGUUUCUUACACAAGCAUUCAUUGUGUAACAGCUUCUUGUCAUAGCGGAUGUCACUUUAUCUUUCCCGAGUGCUAAUGACACCAUCUUUGUUGUGUAAGGUAUCAAUAGUAACAAUAACGUCAUUUCUUAGAAUGGAAAAGUCAGCCUUCUAAUACAAUUAGCUUGGUAUUACGAAGAAUUGGAAAGAAAAAUGCAUGGAUUUUGGCUUUGCAUGUCAUUUAACGUUAUUGAUUAGACAUCUAUGAUGUUAAUUUCUACAAGGGAAAUAUAUUCAAUUCACUGCAUAUUGUAUAACAUAGCAAUUGGCCUCGGGGGAUAUUGGUGUUCAUAAUUUUCUCAUAUUUUAUAAUCAGUUUUGUAGAGGAAUAAUAAAUAGUUUAAUGUAAGUGAGAUUUGUAUGAUUUUGACUCAUCAAUUUUAAAAUGGAAAUAAGGGAUCUGUCUUAUUUAAAACCAUCAUAUUAAAUGUUACAUGGUUAAAACUUGUGGUUUUUAUCUCACUCCUGAUAAAGGUGUUAAAGUACACAAACCUUGAAAACUUUCAUCUUUUCCACUAUGUUAUUAAAUUCUAAUGUCCAGAAAUUAGGACAUUUAGUCCGCUGAGAAAAGGAUGCCCAGUUUGAACCAUAUGUACAUGUAUAACUUUAUAAAUUUUGAAUAAGGCAACUGACAGAUUCGAUUUAAUUUAAAUGCUGUAAAUGGUAGAAAAAUUUGAUGUGAAGAUUCGUUCAGUUUUAUUUUUAAUAAUUCAGACGAUAACUGGUAUGUCCUUCAUUAGAUUUCUUGAAAACAGUCUAGUGGAACUUUUAUUAUUUUGUUUAAACAACUGGCAUAGUAUUGUAUUCAAAGUUAAAAUAUUUUUUUACAAAUUUAUUUCAUCAAAAUUGAAAAGUAUCCAGUAAGUCUGUCAAUAUGAACUGUUCCCUCAGCUCUUGUUAUAAAUGAAUUAUUAUUCUCCCUAAUCUUUUAGAUUAAUUUUUCUAUUUUACUGGUAUCCUAUAUUCAAAUGCAGGUUUAUAAUUUUUUUGAUAUUCCCAAUGACUUUAGAAGCUACAGGUAUGUGAACAUUUAAAGUGUUAUUAAGGGUCUAUGAAUAUUGAUGUGUUAUUUUAAGACCUAUGAUAAGACAUUGUAAAAGGUUCAGUUUGGGAUUCUUUUGAUAUUGUGUGAUGUAGUACUUGUAUGGAAACGAAUUCAGAAUAACAUGUUGCAUUGUCUGCCCACUUGCAAUAUCAAUUACCAGUACAUUUUAAGAAAAGGAGACAUAGAUACUGUCUUGAGGAAUAAAAAGUGAAAUUUCUUGAAUUAGUACACUUUCAGUAUAAAAUAUUAAGAGAAAAAUUACAUGUCAUUCUUAAUAUUAUUACAGCUUUUUAUCAAUUUUGUGUUUUGUUUUGUUGUUUGUUUAUUUAAUUACAAAUUCUUAUUUAGUGCUUGAUUAUUUUUGCUCAAUUAUACUAGGGGAGGUUACUCUAUCUAAAUUCAGAUGUGCAAUCAUUGCUGAAUUUGUUAUCUACCUUGAUAAAGGGAAGGCUGUGAUUUUAAAAUUGUCCGGUGAAGAUUAGGAGAUCAACAACAUCAAAAUUUUAAAAGAGCAGCCUGUUAAGUUUGAAAUAUAUAUAUAUAUGGGAAAAUCACAGAAAGAUGACAGGAGGUCAGAGGGCACCAUAAAAGAAUUUUUAUUUGAAAAAAAUGACGAAAUAUCUACUUUUAUCUUCUUAUACAUCUAUUCUCUAUCUUAUUGUUGUCUUCCUUUUUUGUAUGGGCUUUUUAUGAUAAUAUUUUUUGUGCAUUGUCAUUAUUUUAUUGAUUCAUGAAUGGUCAGUGCUUAAGUGUGAAACAUUUUAAUUUGUACAUAGAUUGCAGCUUGUAUAAUUUUAUAUUCAUUUUGCUGUUUUACACAUAAUAUUCAUAUUUUCUGUAUAUUUUUGUUUGUUGUAUUAUAGUGCAAUGUUUUUCUCUUUUUUUUUAUAUUAAAUUUCUAAUUUUUAACAUAAAUGGCAUGGGAUUUGAAAUUUGUUUGUAAAAUCUUGAUGUUCAAUGGAAAUGUUUAUAGCCAUUAAAAUUGUACUUAAAUUGUUUAUUCAUGUCUGCAGGAAAAAAAUUGAAUUUUUUAAUGAACAUUUUUGUAAAAUUUCAAGGUUUUGAUAUGAAAUUUAUUAAUUUAUUUUAGAUAAAAAAAAAAAUAUCAUUUGCAUCCUGUUAUAUUAAACAUUUUAACGACCAAUAUGAGUAAUCGAUUAAAGAAUAAUUUAAAUUUAAACAAUUGGAAAUUAGCUUACCAUGUUUUUAUUCUUGUUUUAAAAAAAUACAAUAGAGAAAGCUUUUUUUUGUAGUGUCUCUUUUAAUUGCUCAAUUUAUUAUGUGCACAGAUUUAUCAGGAAAUUCUAAAUGUGAAACUGCUUCAUAUUUUCGUAAAGGAACCACAUUAUUCAUGACCUUCCCGAACAAUAGCAAUACUUGUAUGUUCACAUUUUUCAUUUUGUUUGAUGAUAAAGUUUUAUAUAGGGCUUAAUAAUUAUUGAAGAUAUUACAGCAAUGUUAUUGUAACUUUUAUUGUCUGUUUGAAGAAACAUACAAGUUCAGAGAGCAAGAAAGCUUUUGUAACUGCUUGUUCUUCAUUAAAUAGUAAAAAAAAAAAUAGGAGGUGGAAAGUGUAAAAAAGAUCAAAGAUUGUUUAAAAUUAAGUGUCACACAGACAAACUUCCUGUUCGAGUAUUUUCCUUUUAGUACCAUGAGAUGUAUGGAAAAAAAUUUCAUAUUAUCCAUAUUUCUGACUUCUAUUAUGUCUAUUUUUUUUUGUUGCAGUGUUUUUAUUGUUUAAAUUUUAUCUAUUGAUACGGAUGGUACCAAAGUCUAUUUAUAGAAAAUAUUACACUUGAUAGUUCUCCUGAUUUUAUAGAAAAAUGUUGAGCCCUAAUUAUUUGAUAAAUAAUACACUGCAUUUUGAAAUACCGUUGAAAGUUCCUUUUUUGAUUACAGAAUACCACGUUGUUUUAUUUUUUACAACUUGAUACCAAGGUAAGAUAAGGCAUGUAAUAGUUUGAAGGAUUUUCUAAAGAAAUGUAUUUCACAUUUGUAACAUCAAUUACUAUCCUGUGUCAAGGCAGCUUGGGAUCCUUGCUCACUGUUCGACAGAAGAUCCACUGGUGGAAUACAAUCACAUAGUCGUUAAUUGGUUCUAAAAUCAUGGCAAUUUUGAAAGCAUCUUUUCUUGACAUAUAUGGCAAGAAAUAUUUACAUACCCAAUAAUAACAAAUCUGCCGAAAAUUGUUUUGUAAUAAAUUUUUAAUUUAUUUCAUGAAAAUUUGGUCAAAAUAAACCAAACCUUACUGAUUUACUAUGUAAAUCAACUAUAUUUUAAUAUUUCAUUGAGUUAUUAGUGUUAACUUAAUAUGCGAAUGCAUGGUAACUUCAGUACUGGUCAGAGCUGAUCACAUGACUUACUUCAUAUGCCUGGCUCUUUCUACUUGGAAGUAAAGAUAAGGCAAGGAUUAGGCUAAACUAAAGGAACCCUGAGUUUAGUCUUGUGUUCAGAAGUUUUUUUUCCAUGUUUAUCUGUAAUAGAAAUCCCUUGCAAUGGUAUUUUUAAAUACAGUGUAAUUUGUUACUAAUUAUAUUAGAAAUGUUGAAAAUGAAUUGAUUGUGCAUUGGAUAAUAACAAAGUCUGUCAUAUCAAUUGUUGUCAUUUUUGUUACAGAUUUUGUUAAAAGAAAUAUAUAUAUGCAUUAAAUUUUUGUUUUUGUUUGAACAGUCAAUAUUUCAUCUAACUGAUUACCGGUACUAAUGAUUUUUGCAUUAUGUUAUAAUUACUAAAAUAAAAGAUGUAGUUAUAGUGUACAGGUCAUGCUACUCAUUCAAACUACUCCUUGUUUAAAUAUACCAUUUAAAGUUCAUUAUCUUUAAAAUAUAAAUAUAACUUGAUUGUAUUCUUUGCCACCAAUUCUCACAGUUGAGUUGAGUGAGGACUAAUUAUGGAGUAUUGAAACUUUUUCAAACUUACCAUUAAAUGAAUAUUCAGUACAUGUAGUAACUUACCAUCAAAUGAAUAUGCAGUAGUAACUUACCAUGAAAUGAAUAUUCAGUCUUAAAAUCACUCAUGCCGUUCUGUAAUAAUUAAUGAACUUUCAAAGGUAUUUUAAAGCAAGAUGUAUCAUUAGAAAUUGAAAUCAGUUGAAUACAUUUACAGUGUUAAUCAUGAAAAAGUAUGUGCCAGUAAAAUAAUCAUAUUCCAGCUGUUAAAGUCAGGUUAUGUCCCUUUAGCUAUUUUUAGGUAUUUGUGGAGUUAUCUUCCCAUAAAUCAUUGAAGUUUUUAAGUUGGUAUUAAUUAAAUUAUAUAUAAUAGUUCAUGUUCAUAAAGAUGUAAUUGGUGUUUUUUUUAAACUUUUACAUUUGAAAGUGAAAUAAGUGAUACCACUCAAAAACAGAAAAAUCACAAACCAAGUAUUUGGACAUUAUUAACAGUCAUUUAGUUCCAAUAUGAAAGAGAAAAAAAAAACAACACAUAGCCCCCUUUCUCAAAAGCAUGAACAAUUUUCUUAUAUUCCAUGUUAACAUGACCACUAUAGACACUGUCAAAAUUACAUUUGAUUAAAAAUCAACAAUAUUCUGCAAAAAUAUUACCCUGUUUCUGGGUGUUUUUCCUGAGACUGACAAGUCAUGAGCAUGUUCAUGUCUCAGCUGUCCCAAAGUACAAGUUAUUUUUAAAAGCUACACAAUUACUAAAUCAUACUAAAUGGACAAAAUGGUAGGCUGGAGGUUAGUGUUGUGAUCAUUUGUUAUUGUUUCAUUGUUAAAAAAAAUCUGUAUCAUUUUAGCCCAUUGUUGUUUAUUUUCAUUGUGAAUAUUCAUAGUCUAUUUUGAAAAAAAAGUUGUUAAAAAUUCAAACUAAUUGAAAUGUAUACCUUGAUUAUUUCUAAUAGAAAUACAGUACAAUUAAAUUAAAACUAAGUGGGAUUUCAACCUCUUUUGAAUUAUUCUCGUGUGCUGUGAUCAGAUUUUGAGUCAGUUGCUUUUCUGAUAAAAUAUUUGUUUUGUUGUUGAAUAGUUUCAAUUAUUUUACUGAAAGCAAGAAACUGAAGAAGCAAAAGAAGUUUCUGUUUUGUCAUCAAGCAAACACCUGCUCUAUUCAGAAUCUGUUUAGAAAAUUACAAGAUAGUGAUAAUGAUUUCACAGUUUCAGAUGAUAUAAAUGCAAAUAUAUCCACCUCCCAGAUUGCAUGAUUUGAUGAUAAGCUCUUUUUAUUGCAUUAUUUCCAACAUAAACCUUAACAAACAAGUUUUUCUUCCCUUGGUGGGGUGAUCUUUCAUUUUAACCUUAAAAAAUUAACAGUUUCUUCUUUCUCUAUGCUUGGUGGGGUGAUCUUUAGAUUUUUACAUGUUGAGAUAUUAAUGUACUUUUUAUUCCAGAUGUUUUUAGUCCACUUGCACCAAGCUAAAAUGAUAUGAGGGACAUUCUUUGUCAUUUUAAAAUUCAUUAAUUUAUUAAAUAUUAUAAAUAUUGAAUAUAUAAUUUUAUUGGUUUAGAUUAUUUCAGUUGACCUUUUUGUUCGCUAUGAUUUGUAAAUUUAGAAUAUAUCAACACAUUUUCCCUUUCACUUGCAGGCUGUUAUGUUAAGGUUAUGUUCUCAAAUGUUAUCUCCCAUAAUUUAUUAUUUCUGACGAUUUCAUUAUUCUUGAAAUGCACAUGGUAGUUUUACUAGUACAUUGCAGAUUUUUCUUGAUUUUGCAACAUUCUAUUAACCACUAUUUUGAUUUAAUUGCCAGUUGAUCAAAUUUUUGUUUUUUUUUACAGUGGCCAAUAGAUAUGACCAAUUAUUUUUUGAUGCUUUGCAGUUAAGUACAUACGCAAAUUCAUUUUCUUACUGUAUGAAAAUUACACCACAUAUUGAAUAAUUUUAUGUGUGUAAAUAUUGUUAAUUUUAUUCUUUAUGCCAAGGGCAGGUGAAGAAUUCAUUGAAAUCCCACUUAGUUAUUUCUUAUAGGCGAUAGAAAAAAUGGUUGAUUUUGAUUGGUUGUUAUUUUUGGCUGCUGUUAUAUAUACCCGGGCCUUUCAUUGUGCACUCAUUGUACAGUUAAUGAUCAAGAUAGAUAUCUAUAUAUUAUGCUAUUAUCUGUGUAAAUUUUACAAAGAUUACUUGUGAAAAGUAAAAUAAUGUAAAAUAA